ACCGUUUCGGAAGUAUACCAGCCUCGCGUUUUUUGAUUUUGUGAAUUUCAUGUUGCCUAAGAAAUGUCAAAAUUUUCGUCGUGUUUACGCGCGGUGCACACAUUCGUAGUGGGUAAUUUUCAUUGCCAAGAGUUCGCUUACAUCAUUUAUCCCUUCGGUCGCAUAUACAAGCUCCUGGGAUUCGCACCAAUUCAGCUGCGGCGCGGAGAAGUCUUGCGCAACGGCUGUGACCGGAUAUUUCAAUGGGACACGAAAGCCUGGAUUUGCAGUUGCCUCAACAUAAUGAUUUACACAAUGGGCUUCUGCUUAGGCAUUCUUCGACUACGGGCAGUACCUUAUAAACAUGGUGACGGCAUUUCACGACUGACCAGCUGGGCACAGGUCUUCACACUGUUCGGUCUCGGUCUCAUCGCCUGGGUCACAGCUUGGACCCAUAUGGACGAGCAGUGCCGAUUGCAUGCACUUAUCACGAGAAUUGAUCAGCAUCUUCGUGAAAUUGACGACAUACAAUUUGACUAUAAAUCGCUGCGGAGACGACUCUUCUGGCAAUUAGGAUUGCAACUGUUGAUCGCAUUUCCGUUGUCGAUGGUGAAUUGCAUUAUCAUUUUGCCCGAUGAAAUGCCAUUCUCUCCAUUUUCGACCUGCUACAUAUUCAUUUGUUUCAUGCCCAUCAGUGUGCUCAUCUUCAAGCAGUUCCAAUUCUACAAUCUAAUGCAUGUCUUGAAGACAAAAUUGGACCUGAUCAAUAAUAAACUGAGCAAAUUCAAUCGAAAUACACGCUUCACCAGCGAGCGCAGGCACAUAGUGACGGUGCGGAAAAGCAACUCGGUCAGUGAGGUGCCUCUGACCGCACUGUUGACCAUUUAUUCAAAUGUUAGCGAUGGUAUCGACUUGGUGCUGCGCAUCUUCGGCUGGCAUCUACUCUUUCUCACCGCCGUCUCCUUCGGCGUAAUCACCGUCCAAAGUUAUAAUCUGUUCUCACUGAUAAGUCAUUCUCUGGUGAUACCCACUUAUCACGUAGUCUUCAUUGUGUCUUGGAUCCUGGUGCAGGUCAUGGCGUUUGCGGUGAAUAUUUUAAUAUGCGGAAAGACAUCAAGAAUGAUGGAGACGACCAUUUCGAUUUUGCACAAAAUUCGCCUGUCUUCGAAUGAGGCCCCAGACGCCUGUGUCUUCUACCAAAUUCUGCAGAUUUUCUCCAUGGAAGUCUUGCAGAGAAAACGAAAUUUUAACGCAGCGGGCUUCUUCGACAUGGACUACAAGCUGAUCACAUCGAUUAUUGCAUCAGCUACCACUUAUCUGGUCAUUAUUAUCCAAUUCCAUUUGACCAAUAUACCGGAUUGCCAUUUUCCCAAAUAAAAAUUGUGUCAGACACUGAUGGUCAAGGUGCAGCUAAAAGGC